AUGGCAAUGGUGAACAAUCCCGCUACAAGUGACGGGAAUUUUCCUGCUCCCGGUUGUGCAGUGCGGUGUUGGGAAAACACAAAAUAUGUCAGUAAAUGUGUGGACAAAAACACAUGUCUUUGCCAAGAUGCAGAAUAUCAUAACUCCGUCUUCAAAUGCAUAUAUUCCCAAUGCGAUACUGCACAUUUUGGUUCCGCGUUACAUCAUACAAUUACUCAAUGCGUUGGCGUUUCCGACAACAUCAUUCUAGCAGUACCUCGGCUUUCAAAUCACGAUUCUUUGCGUCGAAGAGAAGCUGAAUAUCUUCAAGGUGUCAAGAUAGAAGACUCGCAGUCAAUUGCGGGAUAUCCAACACUUAGCGGACUUCAGAUUCAAAGUGCUCUCCCAUUUGCACCUGCAGUAACCCUUUCAUCACUUCCACCCAUGGUGCACCUCACGAGAGACACUGUGGCAGCAUCAGUGACAACAUCCGCCACAGCGCCUUUUGAUUUGAUUCACACAACCUAUAAUACUGCCCCGGAACUCGUCACGGCCAGUCCCCUUCUUUAUACUGGAGACGCCUUUAAAAUACUGCCAAGCAUAGGGUUCCCUAUCCUAGCUCCCAUUUUAGGAUUAUACUUGGCUUUUUGA